AUGAUAAAUAAUAAGAAAAUAAAACAAUACACAGAGGUUAAAUCACCGUCAACAAAAGGCGCACCUGUAGUUGUGAACUUUAACAUUUUAGUGGUUGACAUUAAUUCAAUCAAUGUUGAAGACAUGGAUUUCCGUAUAGACAUGUUCGUCAGUCAGAGUUGGAUGGAGUCUCGACUUAACACGCCUUGGGACAUAUUCGAGGAAGACAACGACUACAUUAUACUGCCGCCAAAAUUUUUCGACAAUCUUUGGCAACCGGACCCGUACUUCUUGAAUUCAAAAGUUUCAGAGAUCGCAACCUUAAGUCAUAAAUUCUCCUUGGUUACGUUAUAUCAGAACAAAACUGUGAAGUAUUCCGCGCGAAUUAACGCCAUUGUCGCUUACCAAAUGGAGUUUCACCUGUAUCCAAUGAACAUUCAGAUCUGCCCGAUUUACAUAGAGAGCUCUUCCUACAAUAAGAAGAAGCUUAGAAGACGUUUAAAAUGGGAUGGUGUCACAGUGAAUCCCGAGCUAAAGUUGUUACAAUACGACAUUGUGAAGCCUGCAGUACACGAAGAUACUAUAAAUUACAUGCUAGAAAAAACAGAAAAUUUUUCGAGAUUGGUUGUCUUCUUUCGUUUCGAGAGACAGAUCGGUCAUCAUUUAAUACAAACGUUCGCACCGUCGACGUUGAUGGUUAUGCUCUCUUGGUUCAGCUUCUGGCUGGGCCUGGAUGCAAUCCCUAGUCGAGUGGCUCUUCUGAUCUUGAGCAUCCUUACUCUGGUGACGAUGUUCACGGGUCUUAAGAGCAAUAUCCCGCCCGUAGCAUAUAUCAAGGUAAGUUUACGCACGCGUUGGAUGGCCGGCAGUAUGAUGUUUGUAUUCGCGGCCCUGGACGAAUGUGUAGUCAAAGUGCUCGACUUGUAACACGUAAAAAAUGAUUCGAGCUCCGUGAAAUUUCGCUCGUUCUUGCGACUGACGUCAACGGAGAGGAGCGUCUGGAACGACCAAUUUGACCAAUUUGUUUACGCGACUAAACCGAAAAACAAGCAAACCAGCAAUCGGCAUCUACUGCCAACAGUGUAGCUGGAUGUUGAGUGCCAAAUAACGUAAUCGCGUAAGACAUACUCUCAGAAGAUCGAUUGUUACAGCAGAAUUGUGUUUCCGAUACUUUUCCUAUUUUUUGUCAUUAUAUAUCAGCCGAUAGUGUUACUAAGGAAAGUACUGUAAUAAGAUAGGUCCUGUACUUAGGACCUGUCACUAACACAUUUCGUACGUAUUAUCUAGUAAUCGGCACUUUUUCCAAAUUUUACUAAAAUCACUGUCGUUAUUGUAAUUAGUUGAAAGUAAAAGUCUAAAUGUAUCAUGAAUUUGCAUAGGUAGAAAAAUAACUGAUGACCUAUCUGGA